UCCGCCAAACAAGCCUGCAUUCCCCUCUCGAAGGAUACCUCGAAGCGAUGAAAUUUCCAAUUGAGACUCCAAGAAAACAGGUGAACUGGGAUCCUCAAGUGACUGUUCCCUCAUCAGUGCCAGCUUGUGAGCCUGAGCCCAAACCUAAAGGGCAUUUCCCAUCUCCACAAUUCUCCACUUCCUGCCGAACCACUGUUGUUGCUGCCAUGGAAGCCCCUUGUCAAGGCCGGCAUAAAGUCAUGGAUUGGAGAGCAGUGGUGGCCAUCUUCUUCGUGGUGGUGAUUUACCUGGUGGCAGGAGGACUCGUGUUCCGUGCCCUGGAGCAGCCCUUUGAAAGCCGGCAGAAGCACACGAUCGCAACAGAGAAGGCUGACUUUCUUCGGGAGCACAUUUGUGUAACCGAGCUGGAGCUGGAGACACUGAUUCAGCAUGCUCUUGAUGCUGAUAGUGCAGGAGUCAGUCCCAUCGGAAAUUACUCUAACAACAGCAGUCAUUGGGACCUUGGAGGUGCCUUUUUCUUUGCUGGAACAGUCAUCACGACUAUAGGGUACGGGAAGAUGGCCCCAAGCACUGUUGGUGGCAAGGUUUUCUGCAUAUUGUAUGCCCUAUUUGGGAUUCCACUGUUUGGCUUCUUGCUGGCUGGGAUUGGAGACCAACUUGGAACCAUCUUUGGGAAGAGUAUUGCAAGGGUGGAAAAGGUUUUCAGAAAUAAGCAAGUGAGUCAAACAAAGAUCCGGGUGAUCUCCACCAUCGCCUUCAUCCUUGUAGGCUGCAUUGUCUUUGUGACCAUUCCUGCAUUUAUCUUCAAAUACAUCGAGGGAUGGACAGCCUUGGAGUCCAUUUACUUUGUAGUUGUUACUCUGACCACUAUUGGCUUCGGUGACUUUGUAGCAGGAGGAAAUCUUGACAUCAAAUACAUGGAGUGGUAUAAACCCUUAGUGUGGUUCUGGAUCCUUGUUGGCCUUGCCUACUUUGCUGCUGUCCUGAGUAUGAUUGGAGACUGGUUAAGAGUCCUGUCCAAGAAGACACAAGAAGAGGUUGGAGAAAUAAAAGCCCAUGCAGCGGAGUGGAAAGCCAACGUGACAGCUGAGUUCAGGGAGACGCGGAGGCGGCUCAGCGUGGAGAUCCACGACAAACUCCAGCGGGCAGCCACCAUCCGCAGCAUGGAGCGCCGGCGCCUGGGCCUGGACCAGCGAGCCCACUCCUUAGACAUGCUCUCUCCAGAGAAGCGCUCUGUCUUUGCUACCUUGGAAACAGGGCGCUUCAAGGCCUCCUCUCAGGAAAGCAUCAACAACAGGCCUAACAACCUGCGCCUUAAAGGGUCAGAUAGGCUCAACAAGCACGGGCAGGGGGCGUCCGAGGACAACAUCAUCAACAAAUUUGGAUCGUCCGCUAAGAUGACCAAAAGGAAAAACAAAGACCUCAAAAAGACCAUGCCUGAGGACAUGCAUAAAAUUUAUGAGACCUUCAGAAACUAUUCCUUGGAUGAAGAAAAAAAGGAAGAGGAGACAGAGAAGAUGUGUAAUUCCAAGAACACUUCUAGCACUGCAGUUCUGACCAACUGCAUCCAGCAGCACUCAGACCUGGAAAAUGGAGUGAUUCCCAAUGAAGCCAAAGAAAGGGAGCAUAAAAACAAAGUGUUACUUUAAGACAGAAGUUAAAUGUAAAAGAUACUUGACCUGAAUUAACAAUGUUGGUGUUUUUAUAUACAUAUAUAUUGAGACACGUGCCUUAUACAGACUCCUUAUUCAGUCUGAAUUAUAUAGCAUCGAAGAAUAUUUCACUGUGCCAUAAAGACUCAAGCUUGCUCUGCCAAAACAAAUCAGGAACACAGCACUGCAGAUUGGCAACAGGAAGCUACGCACAUGGAAAUUUCAGCCUGUAUAAGAUUACCAGGGCAGGACACAAAGGAAGGGAUUGAACCAUGGCAGUAUCACCAGAGGUCUCCUACCAUGGUGUGAUAUUAGACAAAGGGCAGCUAUGCAAGAAGGGCCUAUGAAAGGGAUGAAAAACAGUGAAUCUUUGUAAUGGAGUAUGCAUCCAUAAAGCCUUCCCCUGGUGAUUAAAAAGAGGAGAAAUAAUUGGAGCGAACUAGAAACUUUCAGUAAGGCUUAGUUUACGUUUUGGCACGUGAUUCAAGCUAGAUUUUUUUUUCCUAUAUUUCAGUCAGAUGCAUUACCUUUCUAUAUGCCAAAAGAAUGUCCAUGGACACAGCUAGCAGCUGGAUGCUGGCUGGAAAAUCAACACAGACAUAA